AUGGAUGCUGACUUCGCUGCUCCAAUAGAACAAUACAAGCCAGAGCUUCUGAAAGAUCUUCGUGGCGGAAAGAAGUUUCUUCUCAAAAGAAAAUUAGGCCUACCUAAUGACACUUAUGAAUUCACAAUUCGACCAUUGGAUGGUGGCCGCCCAAUGAUUGAUCUUUUCUGGAUGUAUAGCACGCAGAACGAAUCCUGGGUAGGUGGCACAGGAGGCGAUGGCACCAAAUAUAAAUACACUUAUCCAAGGUACAAUCAUACGUGUGCUGGUGAUCUCCUUGGACACAUCUUUUGGAUGACUUGUAAUCCGAAGAAAGUUUUAGAGUUUGAAUAUGGCCCAAAAUGGCAUCUCGAUCAUCCCACCAACAAGUUCUCGUGGAGCAGUUCGCAGUACAACGUGAAGAAGAAUGGAAAAUGGUCAAAAUCUCAAAUGGCUGAGGUUUACAAGAAUUAUCGGAAGUGA